AUGGCGCAGGGCGGUCAACAACUCGAUGUGCAGGUACUCCAUGAUCUCCGACAACGUUUCCCUGAGAUACCUGAAGGGGUGGUAUCUCAGUGCAUGCUUCAGAACAACAACAACCUAGAUGCCUGUUGUCGAGCCCUCGCACAGGAGAGCAACAAAUACUUAUAUAUGGAGUACCAUAGCCCUGAUGACACCAGAAUGAAUAGAAACAGCCUUUUGCACAUUAAUCUGGGUAUUCAUCCUCAUACUAGCUAUCAUGCAGGGGAUGGAGCUCAACUUAAUGGUGGUCGUACACUGGUACACAGUUCAAGCGAUGGACAUAUUGAUCCACAACGCACAGCAGGUAAACAACUGAUAUGCUUAGUUCAAGAACCACAUUCUGCUCCCGCUGUUGUGGCAGCUUCUCCUAGUUACAAUCCAUUUUUCAUGAAUGACCAGAAUAGAAAUGCAGCUACUCCUCCUCCACAGCCACCUCCACAACCAUCUUCCAUACAAACAGGAAUGAACACGUCUGCUAUGCAAGGCCCUCCUCCCACGUAUAUGCACAUACCUCGGUACAGUACAAAUCCCAUUACUGUUACAGUAUCACAAAACCUCCCCUCUGGACAGAGUGUACCCAGAGCUCUACAAAUUCUUCCACAGAUUCCAAGCAAUCUUUAUGGGACUCCUGGCUCUAUUUAUAUAAGGCAAACAUCUCAAAGUUCUUCAGGACGACAGACUCCUCAGAAUACGCAGUGGCAUUCGUCGCCACAGGGCCCAGUUCCGCAUUAUACUCCCCGUCCUCUACCUGUGUAUCCACACCAACAGAACUACCAACCUUCUCAGUAUUCUCCUAAACAACCCCAGAUCCCUCAGUCAGCUUUUCGAUCGCCGCCAGCAUCCCAGUGUCCCUCUCCCUUUGGCUCUCCUCAGCACCAAGUUCAGCCUCCUCAGAUGGGACAUCAGAGUUCACAUGUUUUCAUGCCUCCUAGCCCCUCAACUGUCCCACCCCAUCCAUAUCAGCAAGCAUCCCAGACUUUUCAAAAACAAGGCAGUCACUCUGUGUCGUAUCUUCCGCCUUUCGCUGGACCUAGUUUGUCCAAAGGUUCCAUGAAUAAAAUAGAAAUUACAGUUGAGCCACCACAAAGACCUGGGACUGCAAUGAACCGAAGUCCUUCACCGAUAAGUAAUCAACCAUCUCAACGAAACCAGCACUCACUGUAUACAGCCACUACUCCUCCUUCGAGCUCUCCGUCCAGAGGUAUGUCGGGUCAACCCAAACCUCCAUUUAGCGUUAAUCCGGUAUAUAUUACCUACACUCAACCAACUGGACCUGCAGGUGCACCAACGCAGUCUCCUCGGGUAAUGGUAUCUCAGCCAAACCCAACCAUUUUUAAAAUCACAGUAGGUCGAGCACCGACUGAGAAUCUUUUAAAUUUAGUGGACCAAGAAGAGCGUUCUGCAGCACCAGAACCUAUUCAGCCUAUUUCUGUAAUCCCAGGAUCCGGAGGAGAAAAAGGAAGCCAUAAGUAUCAGAGAAGUUCUAGUUCUGGAUCAGAUGACUAUGCUUACACUCAAGCCUUGCUGUUACAUCAACGAGCGAGGAUGGAGAGAUUAGCAAAGGAACUGAAGCUUGAGAAAGAAGAGCUCGAACGCCUGAAAGCUGAAGUCAAUGGUAUGGAGCAUGAUCUAAUGCAGAGGCGGCUUCGGAGAGUUAGCUGUACAACUGCAAUUCCAACACCUGAGGAAAUGACCAGAUUAAGAAGCCUCAACAGACAGCUCCAGAUAAAUGUUGACUGUACACUGAAAGAAGUUGAUCUCCUUCAAUCUAGAGGGAACUUUGACCCGAAAGCCGCAUGUAAUUUCUAUGAUAACAUAGAACCUGGUCCUGUUGUGCCACCAAAGCCAUAUAAAAAAGAGCAUCAAAACAGCUCCAAACAGACUCCACGGACUCAACCAAGAGAUGAAGACUUCGAAGGGGCUCCAUGGAAUUGCGACAGCUGCACCUUUCUAAAUCACCCAGCACUAAAUCGCUGUGAGCAGUGUGAAAUGCCACGAUACACCUGAAAAUUAGGAAGGGGCUGCGUUGGGUUGAAAACGGGCACUCGAGCCGACAGCUGUAGGAGAAGGAAACAUGGGGAACCUUUCAGUCCAUCUGCUCGGCCUUUGCCAGUCAACAGUCUUCAUAUUGCAAGGGGUGGGAGUAAUGUGUUAAGAUAUUUCUGCUUGUGCUACACUAAAGAUAAAUAGAUUAAGGGUGAAAUUCUUUCCUAUCCCAUUGCGGUGAGCAAAGCAGAAAAUGAAACCUGGAAAUGUAAAAGGAUUAAUUUUGGGAAGAAUGUAUACAGGAAUGCAAAUAACUACUGGUGUUUAGUCCUGUGGUUAUAGUUACUGCUUAGUGGCUCUAAAAAAAAAUAUUUUUUUUUUAAAAAAAAUAGGACUCUUAGUACUGGUGUGAAAUGUUACACUUAACCAGAAAAACUGAAGAGCCAGAGCUGACUUAAGCUGGCCACAGCUAGCUGGAAAACAAAGGCUCCCUGUGCUUCUAGAUUGUAAGCUACUGAAAAAGAAGACAGGUAAAUGUAAUGAUAAAUUUUGCAAUGUAUA